AUGCAUGAAGUCGUCGUGGUUGCCAAAUUCGAGAGGCCCAAAGAACCGAGUCCCUUUGCGAAUGGUGUCAUGUUUGAAAUUGAACCGGAAGGCGAAGAGCUCCUGACGUUCAAGGUAGUAUCAGCAGGUAUCCAAUUCGAGCAUAGCUUGGUUAUAGAUGACUUUCGUGCCAGGGAGAAAUCGGUCAAUCCUAUAUUCCUUGAAACGAAAGCGGGGUACACGACUUACUUCGUCUUGAAGGAAGCAGACUUCCUUCUAGUUGACACUCUGAAUAUCAUCGUGGGUGAGUAUGACUGUAGCUUUCACACGUCCAAGCCGGCUACCCCGGACAUUGGGACCACGAUCGAAAACGACGUCGAUGACGAUCUCCAAUCAGAAUCCCACGCGGCGUUUACGCGAGCCGCCAUAGUAGACGAUAUCAGUCACAGUGAACAAGGGCAAAGUGGGAGACUGGGAGACUAG